AUCAACUUGAUUGGUCUUGUACGCUUCUGUCUUUUCCCGGAAACGAGGCGAACAGCUCGUCAUGUAUAUAUACAGCGUGUCCAGAUUGACAACGUCAGCUGGACAGUUCCUCGUUCUCUUAUCCAACUACAAUCUCACUCGAGUCGACGCCCUCAUAAUCUAAACCACAUACAAUGCCGAUUCCAGAGACAAUGAAGGCCGUCUACUAUCACUCGCCUCGCAACUUUGAGAUACUCGAGGUGCCCGUACCUCAAAUCGGGGACGAAGAGGUGUUGGUUAAAGUAUCCUACUGCGGUAUUUGCGGCACCGACUCUCAUGUCCACGAAGGCGAAUUCGUAUCCAAGUUUCCACUCAUUCCGGGACACGAAGUCGUCGGAAAGAUUGAGGCGAUAGGGAAGAAUGUGAAGGGGCUCUCUGUGGGCGACCGGUGUGUCGCAGAUCCUGGUGUUCUGUGUGACGACUGUUUCUACUGCCGCAGAGGCAAAGGAAUUCUUUGUGAGAACUUCGAGGGCAAAGGUGUCAGCAUGGCAGGCGGGUUCGCCGAGUUCGUUACCUUCGCCGGAAAGCAGGUCUACAAGAUCAGCAAUAUGUCAGAUAAAGAAGCCACACUCCUCGAGCCUGCCGCGUGUGCCAUUCACGGAAUGGACAAGCUAGGGAUGUCUGUCGGUGCUGAAGUGCUGAUGAUUGGCUCUGGACCCACUGGUCUGAUGAUGUGCCAGCUUUUGAAGAUCAACGGCGCAACGAAGGUGGUGCUGGCGGCCAACAAGGGUAUCAAGAUGGAUAUCGCCAAGAGCCUGGAUGUGGCGGAUGAGUACGUUGAGCUGGAUAGGUCUGAUCCCGAAGCGCAGUGGAAACAACUGAAGGAGAAUAAUCCGUAUGGUUUCGAUGUCGUAGUCGAGGCCACUGGAGUCGAAAGCAUUGCGAAUGAAUCGAUCAAUUACGUUCGCCGGGGAGGAAAGCUCUUGAUCUACGGUGUCUACGCCAAUGCCGAUCGCGUUCACUGGCCUCCUUCUAAGAUUUUCGGCGACGAGAUUACCAUCCUUGGCUCCUUCGCACAGGCCUAUUGCUUCCCUCGUGCGGUAGAUUAUCUCGAAUCCGGUAAAAUCAAGACCAAAGGCAUAGUCACCGAUGAAUUCAACCUUGACGAUUUCCAGAAGGCUUUGGACAAGAUGAAAAGCCGUUCUGCGGUGAAGAUCGCUAUUAAAGCCGUCUAAAGUUCAGGAGAAAGAACCAUCGGCACGAAAGUAACAUGUACAACUAUCGUAGAGAACUAGACUUGUC